AUGAGAAAAUCUUAACUGUGUUUAGUGACCGAUUUUGACAUUUCGUUCACGGACCGUAAACAAAAUUUCCUCACAUCGUUCUUGAUACUUCGAAAAUUUACUUAAGGACCAAGAGAUAAAAUUUAAAUUAAAAAAAAAAAUAUGGAAGAAAGUUGUAGAGAAGACUUAACUUUAGAGGAUAGUAUUGUUAAGGAAGGGUACACCCCUACCGACGUUACGGAAGACAAUCUGCUAAGUUGGUUUAGGGAAGCUUGUUUAAGUCCAACUGCUUCAGACUCAGAAGAGGAUAGUUCAGAUGAGGAAAGGCUGUUUGAAUGCCGCUUCUGUCCGAUUCAAUUUAAAUCCAAGGAUACCCUCUAUGGUCAUUCUAGGGUACAUGUAGGUUGUAUCAAGCAACACACAUGUACUGUUUGUUCUAAAUUCCUUGGCAAUACUGUACAACUUGUAAAGCAUUUACAGAAGCAUAAAAUGGAUAAGGAAGAGGAGGACGUCGCAACGGAGAUGAGUCCAACUUCGUCCAGAAUGCUUCCGUGUGAACUUUGUGGGAAGAAAUUUGCAAAACUUGCUCAUCUCAUGAAUCACUUGAUUAAUCACUUCAAACAGAAGCAUAUGCUUUUAUGCUAUUGCCAGGUUUGCCAAAGACCGUUCCGGUGUAAGAAUAGUGCAUCUAAACACGUUAUCGGAAAGCAUUUGGGACAAGAAGAUCUCUCCAAACUAGCGAGUUCUGUAGUUAAGAAACUAUCAGACUUAGCAGAUGAAUAUAUCAAAGAUAUUUCGUAUGAAUGCAAAUGCGUUUACUGUGCUAACGCCUUUAACAAUGAGUAUGAUCUUACAGUGCAUAAGAGAACCUUUCAUCGUGGACUUCCUGAGCGUAUAGAAGAUGGUCCUGUUUCAGCAAAGAUGUGUAGUGUUGUCAUUGAAAAAUGGCCUCCUGAACAAAAGUCCACAGCUCGCAACCUGAGAAAGAAAAAGAAAAAGAAUUAUAAAGACGUUAAGAGGCAUGCUAAAUGUCUCUACAAACUGAAAUCAAAGCUGUGCAGCUGUGAAAAAAAUAGACCUGAUCCCACGAAGUGCAGUAAAACUGUGAAUUCGCAACCGCGUCAAGUAAAAAUAGUCCGUUGUUUUCGUCAUAAUGUCCACGAAGACGGGUUUACUUGCCCAAUUUGUGGGAGAAAAUUCGAAGAGCAAAAGAACGUUGUUGAUCAUGUUUUGCAUUUCCACACAAAAGGAGAGGCUCCUAGAGGUAGAAGUAGAACUUUGAUAACUCAGAUAUUAAAGGAACCGGUUGAGGAAGUCUCAGGACAUAGAAUGAUUCAGGAAACUCCAAUUAUGGGAGGAAGUGGAGCACGUCAAAGUACGGUGCAAUUUUUAGAGGUUCCAAUGAUAAUUGUUGAGGAUUCAACAUUUGGUAAUUAUUCAAUGCCAAAUACAACGUGGCAGGAAGUUAUGACAGUUAACGAGGAAUCCUUGAUGAUUGAAGAUGAGAUAACGAUUAAGGAAGAAGAGAUAACGAUUGAAGAUGAAGUUUUAGCGCCAACAAGUCAAAUUCUCGUGAUACCAGAUGAAAAUUCAAAGGAAAAUUCAGUAUCUGAUGCAGCUGUGAAGUCUGAAAGUGAUCAAGAAACAGGUGCAACAAAAUUUUAUACAAGCUGUAAUAGCUUUUCCGGAGUAUAGGAGCGCGAAAGUUCCAUUAUAAUGGAGUACAGGAUUCAGUUUAUAACUGUUCUUUCUUCCAUAUUUUGUUAUGUUUUUAAUUCAUCUCUGAUUCAUCAUUCUUCUGUACGUCUACCACCGUCUUCACAAUCUCUGAUCUUUAUUGGAGUGAAGGUAGAAAUCUGUUAAGUCUGUAGAUUGGUUUUCUGAAAAUGUUUAAAGAUUUGAAACUUUGUAAUAAAGAUAUUUAAAAAAAAAAAAAA